GAUUCUUCACAAAGGAGGAUUGGGUGCCAAGGGGAUAAAUUUGAUCAGCAGAAGCAGGGUAACAGUAAAAAUGAAGGAGGUAAUAAAACAGGCAAAGUGAAAGAGGAAAAGGUUAAGAAGAAGAAGGGUAUGAUGAGUUCUGCUGCACCCAUUAUUCCCAUGUCAUACUUCCCAGUCACUGGCUCCAGAUUGUCUCUUUUGUAAGACUUUCUUUUCGGCCAUGGAUUGAUUAAUUCACCCGAUGGAUGCAUUUCUAACUCUUUUCUUACCUAUUUGGGUUUUUGAACUUUGGAUAUUGUAAGAUGGAUUAAGCUAGUUGUACAAUUCUACCCCAAGAAUUGAACCCACUAGAUUUGCACCUUCAUUUUGUGUUAGUGUAACGUUAGGAUGGUGCUUCACACAAACACAAAAUGUGUUCCACCUAAAGUCCUACCGGUCAAUUUGCGUGUUUUUACCUUUCUUACUUUGCCAAAUCAAGCGAACUAUUCUAGACCCGGUCUAGUAUAGUUUGACCGGUCAAGUAAUUUACACCAUCAUUUUUGGCGCCGACCGUGGGACCGUUAAGGUUUCUUCUCCUAAACACAAACCUACCCACCAAAACACCACUCGAAAUGUAUUCCAGCCAACAAAUCAACGCUACUUCCGCUCAGGUGCAGGCCACCAACGAGGGAGCCAGCAUCCCUGUGGCUGCUACCAUACCGGUCAUUUCAGCCCUGGUGUUGCCUUUGGGUCUGAGCUCUGUCCCGACGGCCAGCGUGAUCAGUCCCUUCGUGACCCCCGUCCCUUCCGCUGGACCGAGGGUAACGUUCCCACCAAGCAUGACUCAGUUCAUGAAUGACCCAGCCAACCUACAAGCCAUCCAGGGCUUUGGCCAGGUCUUGGCCAUGUGCCAGCAGAACGGGGGGAUGCCUUUCCUCCCUGGUAUGUUCGCAUUCGCCCUUCCAGGCGCGGGGACCAUGCCCCUACAAGCUCCGAUGGAGGUGACGUCGUUCCAGACGCCGAUGCCGCAACCAUCACCUUUCCAGCCCCAGUUGGUCAGCACCAUGGCCCCUGUCAACUUGGCCGGUGCACUUAACGCUGCAAGGCCGUUGCGUCUCCCGCAAGCUACGAAUCCGCAGAUCACCCCUGAUGGUCAUUGCGUCUCAAUUGAGAGUGAUGACGGCGAGUGGGACAUUCCGAGGGCCCACAAGAAGAAGAAAGGAAAAAACAUCCGUCCGGCAACUUCUCGAAACUCCGCCUUCGAAAGGCUGGGGGAUAGGGAAGAGGGCCAGAGAAAGUCAGCCAAGCUGAGGCUGGGGCAGAGCAUUGUCCAUGUCAACGGGUUCGCCCGGUUAGGCGAGGGAAUGGAGGCCAAGCCUGCCCGCACCCAAUGCUCCCGGUCAAACCGGCGGGAGCCAGCAAGGACGAGGGCCUUUCGUCAAGAAGAGGAAGCGGAGAGCCAACCCAGGUUACCAAUGGCUAACCGGUUAACCAUCCCCAAUGAUCGCGUUCAGCAGAUGGAGGCAAAAUUGGAAAGGCUAGAGAAGAAAGUCGGUGAGAAGAAUGACCGGGACAAACCCCUCGCAGGGUCCCCGUUCACCACAAGGGUCCAUCUGACACCUUUCCCGCGAAAGGUCAAGAUCGACGCACCUAGAUUUACCGGUAAGGAGGACCUAGAAAUCCACUUGGACUCCUUCAAUCAGAGUGCAACCAUGAAUGGUUGUACAGACGAAGAAAAGUGCCUUCUUUUCUUUCAAACCUUGCAGGACCGAGCUACUGAAUGGUUCAACAAGCUUCACCCGGGAAACAUCGAUUCAUUCAGCGACUUGGCCUUGAAAUUCAAGGCCAAGUUCCAAGAGAACUGUACUAAGAGGAAGAAAUUCACCUAUCUUAGUACAGCCGGGCAGAGGGAGUCCGAGAACCUCACUCAAUUCCUUACCCGGUGGAAAGAGGAGGUAGACAAGGUGGAAGAGAUGGAUGACAGAACCGUCUUAUCCCUCCUCUUGAAUGGCUUGCGUGCUGGGGAACUAUACAAGGAGUUCUGCCGGAAACCCCCGGCCACGUACCAAGAGGCCUACCACACUGCAUGGGAGUUUGCUGAGGCUGAAACCCAACUCCGGGCAAAGAAAGAAGCUGAGCAUGGUUACAAGCCCCAGCCGGUGCAAGUCAAGAAGGAAGAAGCCCCGGGACCUAGCCGCCCAAGACACCACUAUGACCCGGUUGUCCGUGUGGUCAAUACGGAGGAAUGCCAAAAAAUCCGGAAAGCACCGGUCAUUCUUCCGGCAAACCCUACCAGUCAAACAGGGCGGCAAUGGUCGGGCACCUAUUGUUCGUACCACAGGUCAGAUUCCCAUAACACCUCCGAAUGCAAAGUUGACGGGGCAUCUGGUCCUAGAGGAUACGGGGGUGGUAUCGUGUUCACCACCCCAGAAGUGUUCAAGAUCUACCAUGCAAUCGUCUUCAACUUCAAACUGACGAACAAUGAGGCAGAAUAUGAAGCUCUGGCUGGAGGGCUCAGGCUUGCCCAAGCCCUGAAAAUCAGCCGGGUCAGUAUCAAAUCUGACUCUAGCCUGAUAGUUGGGCAGGUGACCGGUAACAUGGAAGCAAGGGAAGGACGCAUGGCACAAUACAAGGACCUUGUACUUGCCCUGUUGAGAGGCUUCGAAGAGUUCAAGAUCGCCCAAAUUCCCCGGGCGGAAAACGCGGACGCAGACCUUCUCUCCAAAUUGACGCAGUAUGCUCCCGAGCAUGUUUCAAAACUUGCCCGGGUAGAGAUCCUUGACCGUGCAAGCAUCGAAAAAUUGGAAGUCGCCGCUAUAACGGUCGGAAGCCAAUAUGACCAGUCAAACUUGGUCGGGGCGGACGACCAUUGGAUGCUGCCCAUCGAAGCUGAAUUCCCAACGUUUCGGGAGUCAAAUUAUCAACCCCAGCAGAAUGAGGAAGAUCACUUGGCCGAACUCAACUUGGUUGAAGAGCGGAGAAUGGCCGCGGAAGUCAAAAUGAGCACAUACCAACAAGUUGUGAAGAAGUACCACGACAACAAGGUUAGGCCGCGUUACUUCCAAGUAGACGAUGAAGUCCCGCGAAGGAGAGAGGCUAGUAAGCCGGGGGACGGAAGAAAGCUGGCCAAGAACUGAAAGGACCUUACCGGGUGAAAGCAAUCACUUGCCCGGGGACCUACCGGUUAGAAACUCUAGAAAGUGAGGCCUACUUUUAUUAUCAAUCGAAUUGAUGGCAUUCAGCAUUCUACGUGAUAGCAACAAAAAUGAUAGGUCGAACCUAUCCUAGGAGGGCUUCCCGGGAGGAUCGAAUUCACUUGGAUAAGCCAACUGAGACACAGGCCC